AUGGCCACGAACACCAACUUCUACACGAAUCCGGCUUUUUGCCAGCAAAGUGAGUACCCGCCGCGCGUUUUGAGCCCCAAAAAUGUCAGACAAUCGCCCGUUGGAGCGCAAUGCGUGACGCAAAACAGGGAAUCCGGGACGAGCCGGAGCCGAGUGAUAGAAGAGCACCUGGAAGAGCAGGAAUUUUACGAGGAAGUGCUGGUGGACGAUAAGGGAUUUAUUACUGAUAAAAAGUUCGUUGUGGUCGCUCAAAAUAACGAGGGGAAAAAGUAUAUUCAGGUUCCCCAAAAUGAAGAUAAACAUGGUAGCAGAUACGGUUUAGUUUCUCAAUUCGACGAUAGGAAAGGAGCUCGAUAUGGAUUACCCGCUGCAAAACCUAAACUAACAAGAAGCCAAAGUCAACGAUACGAGUAUAUUCAAAUGCAAGAGCAAAACACAUCUCCAACCAGACGACCCCAUUAUCUCGAAGAUGUUGAUGUAUCACCAGCAAGAUUCCAUAGGUAUGCAGUCAUAGAACCUGAAGAAGAAACGGAACUAUCAAACCAAAAUACACGGUACGCUCUAGUUCCAGUAGACCAUCUUAAUAAUUUCACUGGUAACAAGCAAACAUCGGUUCAAUCCAAAUCAAGAUACGAAUACAUACAGAAUCAACAAGAAACAGAAAACCCACCACACAGUCCGACUAGAUACGAAUACGUCCAAUCGACGCCGCAAAAACCACAAUACAGUUUUAAUUACAUAGGCCAAUCUCCGCGCCCUGGUAACUUGGCAGCAACGCAAAAACUCCACGAAAUCCUCUCCACGCCGAAGAAAACGCCCAAUCAAUUGUUCACCGCGCAAUCGGUCCAGAAAUUGAUCCCGCAACUCUCGCCCAUCACCAACGAGCACCAGCAGCAGCAGCAGCGACCCACCAGGAACCCCAAGAAGCCCCCGCCGAAGGCCCAGCAGAAGCUGAACUACGCCUUGGGCGUGAACCACGCCGCCCAGGAUAAGAGACACUUGGCCAUCGUCGCCCCGAUGUGCUCCAGUCCCAUACAGAGCGUCUACAGCGAGACCACCUUCUCCAAGUCGGGCUCCUGGUCGAACCUGAGCGUCAAGGCGCCCGUCCAGGCGACGCUGACGUUCGCCGCGAUGGUGCUCUUCGUCUGCGGGAUCAUCACGUCGGGGCUGUGCUUCUACCUGAUUUACUUGAUAGAAAGACAGUACUAUUUGGACUUCGGAGUCGUGGCCGGGUUCACUUGCAUGCUGUUGGGACUGCUGGGGUUCAGGAGCAGGCGAGUGUAUUGGUUGCCCAAUAGGAACUACAUUUCAGGGUAUAUAAUACUCAGCGUGUUCAGUUUUUCCACGUGCGUGGCGCUGAUGAUAUUUCUGGUUAAGCAGCCGAAGAAAGGAUCUCCGUUGGGGGAUAUGACUUCAGGGGCGGUUUGUGGAUUUUCUGUGCUGUCUUUAGUCUUGGCGACCAUGGGGGUGGUUUCUAGUUAUUGUUGUAAAUAUCCCCCGCCUGAUAACAGGGUCCAACACUGCGCCGAAGGCUUCAGAGUUUAA